AUGCCCGACCUGGACGUUCCCCCAAACGAGUUUAGCUACAGCAUCGCAUCCUCCGCAUGCCGCAAGGCGCAGCGCCUCCAUGAGGUCCUUCUGCUUCUCGCCGAGAUGAAGCGGCGGAGCCUGCAGCGCAAUGAAAUCAGCUAUGGGUCUGCCAUCGCGGCCUGCCGGGUGGCAGGCGAGUGGGUUCAGGCGGUGGCUCUCCUUAGGAGCAUGAAGGAAGAAGAAGUGGCCCCCAACCAGAUCUCCUACAGCUCUGUCAUGGCCGUCUGUGAGGGCUCGGCCGAGUGGGAGAUGGCGAUUGGCCUCUUGGGACAGAUGGCGGCAGAGGACCUCGACCCAGACGUCAUCUCCUUUAGCGCAGCGAUGGGGGCCUGUGGUACAGCAUCUGAGUGGGGCGCGGCUCUGGCGCUCUUUGCAGACAUGGGUGCCGCCAGCGUGCGUGCCGACAGUGCUGCUGCCGCCGCCGUGCUGUCGGCGAUGUCCAAGGCUGCGAAGUGGCAGCUGGCCCUUCGCCUCAUGGCAUCCUUCGGGGAGUCGAUGCUACGGUCCACCGCAGCAGGCUACAGUGCCGUGAUGAACGCGUGCGGGCGCGCGUCGGAGUGGGCUACGGGCCUCGCCGUCUUCGGCGAGAUGCCUGCACGGUUCAAGGAUGUUCUUGCAUACAACUCAGCUAUCGACUGCUGCCGAUCACAGGGUCGCUGGCAGGAGGCGCUAGCCCUGUUUGCGGCGAUGCCGGCUCAUGGGCUCCAGCCAACGUCUGGCAGCGUCGCUUCGAUUCUGGCCGUGUGCCGCAGCGGACGAGCUUGGGAGCAGGCGAUCAUCUUGGCUCUGCAGUCGGCCGAUGACUUCGGGCACAACUCGGCCAUCAGUGCCUGCGCGGAAGCUGGCAGGUGGCGCCACUCCCUCUCUAUCUUGCAUGGCCUGGCGCAGCGCUCUUGGGCACCAGGCGCCGUCAGCUUCAACGCUGCCCUGAAUUCGCUUGUCCGGGAUGGAGGACAGCGCUGGGAACUCUCGAUCAGCUCGCUGUCGCAGAUGGCACAGAGCCGGCUGCAGCCAGACGAAUUCAGCAUGACCGCCUCGAUUUCUGCCUUGGGAGACGGCGGCGGUUGGCCAUUGGCUCUCUCCAUGUUGGAUUGCAUGACUGCCUGGGGUCUUGAAGCCUCAGCCUUCUCGCGAAAUGCCGCGCUUGGGCGGCUGGAGGAUAGCAGGCAGUGGCAAGCCGCCACGGGAGUGUUGGAGGCAGUAUGGCGGAGGAGGCGAUUGCGAAACAGGCAUCCACUCGAUGCGCAGGCCUGCAAUUCGGUGAUCAGCAGCUGCAGCCGUGCCGGCCAGGGGAUGCAGGCCCGCAGGCUGCUGGACAGGAUGCCGGAGAUGCGGCUGGCACCAGACACAGUCAGUGUCAACGCAGCGCUGGCCAGUGCAGACUGGGCUGAGGUGCUAGAGCUCUUGUCCUUCAUGGCUAGGCGUCUACUCCAGGUGGAUGCUUUCACCAUCAGCACCUCUAUCCGUGCCUCGGCUGGAGAGCGGGGUCUGCGCCUGUUCCGGGACUUUGCGCGGCUCCGGGCGGAUCUGAACCAGGUUGCAUACAACGCCGCCAUCGCCGCCUGUGCCUCUGGCGGUCGCUGGCAGGAAGCCGGUGCACUACUCCAAGAGAUGGAUGAGGCUGCUGUCGUCCCGGACAUGAUCAGCUUCAACUCCGCCGUCGACGUGUGCGAGAAGGGCGGGCAGUGGCAGGUUGCGCUGACCUUACUGGACGCUGCUCAGCAGCGCGCCCUGCGCUUGGACGCCGUGGGCUCCAACUCGGCGCUCAGCGCGUGCGAGAAGUGCGGUCAGUUGGGUGCUGCCCUGCGACUUCUGAGGAGGAUGUCACGGCGAAGCCUCAGCAACGAAAUCAGCUACACUUGCGCCAUCGGCUCCUGCGAGAAGUCUGAAGACUGGGAGUUGGCGCUGCGCCUUCUCGAGGAGAUGCAAGAGCUGUCUCUUCCUCCAGGCGAGAUUGCUUUCCGUGCAGUAAUCAGCGCCUGCCCUGGGUUCAAGUGGCCGCUCGCGGUCGACAUGCUGGAUCGCAUGGAGCUUGCGAGCGCAAGUCCACGUGAGAUCAGCUUCAACGCGGCCCUCACCGCGGCGGCGCGGGGGGGAGUUCCAGCUUCGGUUGCCGCCGCGCUGCUCCGGCGGAUGUGCGCCAGGGAGGUUCUUCCCAAUGCCGGCAGCUACAAAGCGGCCGCAACGAUUUUCGAGAUGAGGAGUGAAGCGCAGCCAGCGCUGCGAAUCUACCAGGAGCUGAGCG